GAUCGUCCGGUAGCUGCUAUAAAAAGUGAAGGUUUUCAAAUUUUGAAGACAGUGUUAGCUUGUUAUUCGAAUAAGAUUGAACAUUUCUAAAAUCAAGAUGAAAUUCUUUAUUGCAAUUGUAUUGCUAGCUGCUUUGUCAUCAGCUGAAUAUACAAUCAAGAAACGUGAAGAUCUCAUGAAAUACCGCUCCGAAUGUGUUGAAAAAUUGAGCGUUCCAACAGAAUUGUUAGAAAAAUACAAGAAAUGGGAUUUCCCCGAUGAUGCUACAACUCACUGCUACAUGAAAUGCAUCCUCGAAAAGUUCGAACUCUUCGAUGAAGAAAAAGGUUUCAGUGUGGAAAAUAUUCACAAUCAAAUGGUUGGUGGACACCAUGCCGAUCACACUGAUGACACUCAUGCCAAAAUUGACAAGUGCUCCAAGGAAGCUACCGGAGCUGAUGCAUGCGAACGUGCUUACAAAGGAUCUAUGUGCUUUAUUCGUGAGAAUUUGCACUUGGUACAGAAAAGCGUACAUGCCCAUGAACACGAUCACUCUGCCCAUCAUCAUUAAAC